AUGAUUAAGAGUUGCGAGGAAAGUCCAGAAGAAUGGCCAAGUGAAGUAGCAAUCAGCAAAAGCAAUCUUGUGGAUGAAAGAAAACCUUAUAAAUGUAACAAAUGUGGAAAGUCUUUUGCCAUGAAAUCAAAGCUUAGUCUUCAUGAGGGAACACAUACAGGAGAGAAACCUUAUAAAUGUAACACAUGUGGAAAGUCUUUUGUCUGCAUAACACACCUUAGUGCUCAUGAGAGAACACAUACAGGAGAGAAACCUUAUCGAUAUAAUACAUGUGGAAAGUCUUUUGUCAGGAAAACAAAGUUUAGUGUUCAUGAGAGAACACAUACAGGAGAGAAACCUUAUGAAUGUAACACAUGUGGAAAGUCUUUUGCCUGGAAAUCAUAUCUUCAUUUUCAUGAGAGAACACAUACAGAAGAGAAACCUUAUAAAUGUAACACAUGUGGUAAGUCUUUUACCCGGAAAUCAUACAUAAGUGUUCAUUAGAGAACACAUACAGGAGAGAAACCCUAUAAAUGUAACACAUGUGGAAAGUCUUUUGCCAAGAAAACAAGGCUUAGUCUUCACGAGAGGACACAUACAGGAGAGAAAACUUAUCAGUGUAACAUAUGUGGAAGGUCUUUUGCCCAUCAAUCAUGUGUUACUGUUCAUGAGAGAACACAUACAGGAGAGAAACCUCAUAAAUGUAACACAUGUGGAAAGGCUUUUGCCCAGAAAUCAUACCUUAGUGCUCAUGAGGGAACACAUACAGGAGCAAAACCUCAAAAAUGUAACAAAUGUGGUUCUACCAAACAUGGCAUCUACAUACUUGAAAAAAGAUGA